CAAGAUCAUGGAUGUCAACAUUGAGAUUGAGUUAAUGUGUGUUGCGAUCGUCCAGUGAGUGUGCAGAAGAGCUUGGCCUUAAACAUGUACCACAGGAAACAUAUUCAUGCCAAGAUAACAUUCCUGCUCGUCAUAUUAGUGUGCAUAGUAACAUCAUGCUACGGACUUCAUAUAUCGGGAGAAUGGCGGACAAAAGACAAUUUUUUCAACUUUUUAGCAAAAUUUGGUUUCCAAAAGACGUCUCCCGGGGAGCGUGUCUUGACUGAGGGUUAUAUUUUUGGUAAUGUUACUGGUGACAACGGGAGCGGUGCUGGUACCCUGGCACUGCUACCAAGACAAUUUUUCUUGGAUUUAUACAAGUAUAGAAGGAGAGCGGCUUUAGAUCCUAACUUGGCUUGUCGCCUGAUGUUCCAGGAAGUACAGAAGGAAGCUUAUGAUGCACGUUGUCAUGAUUCUGGUCCUGAGGACUUCCUGCGGCGAGUGCCUUGCCCUAAGAACCAGCUGUGUCCUGAUGAGGACAACCCAACCCAUGUGGUGUCAGGGACCCAGCUGACCUAUGCUGUACAAGACAUCAACAGUCCGAGGUUUUGGUACCUGAGCUUUGUGGCGUGUGUCUGGAACUCAUCCACAUGUACAUGGCAGAGAUCAAAUCAUAAUGCUUCUCUCCAAUACCAACUCACCCUCGUCAAUGGUGACCCUGGUGCAGCUGACCACAACCCUUUUGAGUAUCAGUUCUCCUUUGAUAAACAGGACACAGUGGAAAUCUAUCUGGUGUGUGUGGUGUUUUAUGGGUGCAUUUUGGUGCCUCUCCAAGUGUAUGCUGCUUGCCGCCAGUCAUUGUUCAUGAUGCUGCUGCUACUACUGGCUAAGGGUUGGGCCAUCACCCGAAUGAUGCUUACCCGUCGACUCCUACUGUUUGCCCUGUGGGGCCUUUACUCCAUCCUUAUCUUAACCCUAUACUUCUGGAACAUGACUGAGGUGGAUGUAGUACAAGACAUUGAUGAGUACCAGACAUGGCCAGGUUGGUUGACACUAGGUCUGCGAGUACUCAUCAUGGUGUGGUUUCUUGGAGAGCUCCGCCACACAAUGACAUAUGAGCACAACACCAACAAGCUCAACUUCUUUCUGCAUUUUGGGGCUGCCACUCUGGUCUGGUUCAUAUAUCUCCCAGUCGUGGCUCUCAUAGCCCUACAAGUGUCUCCUCUGUGGCGGUAUAAACUUCUAUUAGGAUUUACUUAUUCAGCUGAUUUAUUGGCCCACUCUGUCAUGACCUACCUUUUGUGGCCAGACCGCUCAGAGCAAUACCUUUUACUGGCUUAUGAAGCUGACCUCUCUAGUGAGUUGGAAGAGUUCAAUGAGGCACCACAUGUUCUCAACCACCCUAAGGACACCACCCUAUUAACACCACUUUGUGACACUGAGAGCAAUCACUCUACCUUAUUGAAAAUUAAUACAUGAGCCUAUUUGUCAGUGACUCUAAAGGUUUGUGAUACAAAAUUACUGGUAAUUUAUAAAUAUUUUUUGUGUAUAGUUAUUUGUAGAAGAGAGUGUUGUAUAGAUAGUGACAUUAUUUUAUGAGAGAACCAAGCUAUGAUAAAAGUUGGUGUUAGUUGCCAUUGAUACAAAGUAAUUGUCUUGAGCUGAAGUAAUAUGAAUCAGGAUUCCUUCUGUGGUGUGCCAACUGCAUAUUUUCAGAGUAAAGAGGAUUCAGUAGAAUCUUCCAAGAUGUUGAGUCCGAAUGGUUAAAAGUUUGUCACGUAAAAAAGUUAGUGCCAAAAGCAUUGAAAGCAUUUUGAUAUUGUAAAUAUAUGUUUUUAUAUUUCAAAACUAUAUUUCUGUAAUAAAAUAAAAGGCAUGUGAAAUUAGUUUAAUAUAAUUUUGUUGAUAAUUCGCACUGGACAUUUUGUUAAUGUAAAAAGAACCAGUACAGUAUUAUCCAGUUAU